AUGCAGGCAGUAGGAGGUACAGUUGUCCUUGAAAAUGCCACAGGAGGCAGCAGUGCCGAUAGAAGGGAGAGCGACAGAGGCAAGCAUUUGAGUCCUCUUGGUGGUGAGGUUGGAGGCACUGAGCUGCAGAGCUACAUGGUCUCUGCACCAGCAGCGGCAGCAGCACGAGCAGCUGCAGGCGGUCUCUCCCCCACAACAGACUCGGCAGCACACGCAGCAACAAGUUCAUCAGGAGCAGGCGGCAUACGCCGAAGGCUGGGGAUUCGGGGGCGUCGUGACAGGCGGUUGAAGAGCCUUCAGCGAUCUCUGCAUAUUUCCCCCGCAGCAACAGCAACAGGAGCAGAUGUUAAGGGUCAUGUCCCUUCUACUGCAUACCCAGUGGGGGGGUUCAAGAGUUUUGGCAAAAGCCACCCUAGAGGCUCAGGAAGUGCCAGCAGCAGCACCAGCACCAGCGAGUCGUACAGUUUUAUUCCUUUUGGGAGCCAGCAGCUGGAGAGGCAUAGUCGUGUUGCCGCUGCUGUUCGCUCUCUGCUGAUGUUGCUGCUAACAGGCUUAGCGGUGGCUUGGCUGACGAGGCAGGCGCACAUCUUCAGAUGCAACAGAGAAGGCCUUGCUGCUCUUCAAGAUGAUUACCAGCAGCUGCAGCAUGAGUUGCAGCAGCUUUCGUUCCCCUUUGCUUCUGGUGUUUCCCUCGCUGAAGCAGAAGCAGCAGCAGAAGCAGCAGCAGAAGCAGCAGCAGCACCUGCAGCAGCAGCAGCAGCAGCAGCAGCCGGCGCAGCAAACGACGAAGAUCUGCAGCUCCUAAGGAAAUGGCGCAACACACAGGAUCGACUGCAGGGCCUUCAGAAUCUCAUCGAGUCCGCUCGGGAAGGGGUAGCAGCAGCUGCAGCUGCAGCAAGACACGGAGCGGCAGCGACGGGAGAGGAAGAGGCAAACACGCAGCCUCCAAUACCUCCCUUGAGCAUCGAAGAAGCAGAAGAAGAAAUUCACUUGCUUUCCGAGGAGCUUGAGCAGUUAAAGCAGCAAAGAGCUGACUUAGAAGCAAUCGUUAAGCUCAAAGCACGACUGCAGCACGAAGAAGCAGCAGUUGCAGUGCAUGCAGACAAAGGCUUGCAAUGCCCUGCCGCCUCCUGCAGCAACAGUAGCAGCACCAACAAGAGCAGCAGGAAAAAUCUCCUUGAGGUGUAUAUGCAGCUCAUGCUCCUGGAGAAGCUGUAUGAGGGCCUUGGGUGGCACGCUGAUCUGUCGAAGACCCGAAGGCUGAAGAUAGCCCUGAAGGAAAGCGUUGAAAAAUUGCAGCAAAAUUGUGUCGGAGAGCCUUGGGCUGCUGCGCUGCUGCUGCUGCUAGAGCGCGACCAGCUGCAGCAGGAAACAUCAGCUGCAAAAGAAAAACUACAGAAGAUGCUUGCUGAUCCCCCAGGCCGUCUAACGAGACUUGCUGCUGCUGCCUCGCAAUCUCUUCAGGGAUCUAAGCAGCUCUUAACAAGAGUUGCUUCGCUGCUGCGCUGGCGGUGGGGCAGCGGAAGCCGCCCUGCUGCUAUAAUUGCUGGUGCUUCGGAGUCUAGUGCAGCAGCGGGCGACGGGGGCGGAACAACAGCUGAAGUUACGGACAGAAGACCAGCAGAAGCAGAAGCUGUAGCGGCAACAGCAGAAAGACUGGCACAACGGGAACAAGAGCGCCAACGGGAGAGAGAGGAGGAAGCGAAGGAGAUUGAAGAUCUCGAACAAGAGAUUGUUGCAGCAAAUUCUUUUCUUGCGGUGCAGCUGCCACAACUGCAGCAGCUGCAGCAGCUUAGCUCAGGGGAAUUUAAAGCGUGGCUUGAAGAGAAACAAGAACAAGCAGCAGCUCAAACAAAAGGCAUUCAGGAAACCCUACACGAACUUGAACAGCUGUUGAAUGCCCCAACAGCAGUAACAAGGCAGCGACGAGUUGCCGAUCCGAAACGCCAGCAGCAGCAACAACAGCUGGAGCAGCAACAGGAGCAGCAGGAGCACCCUUCUGCGCCGUUCCUUGAAGAUUUGCAAAGGGUUCAGGAGGCGGCUCAAGCGAUUCAGGAGCGUUUGGCGCAAAACCAGCAGCGGGCAACAAAUUAG